AUGACCAUGCCUAAUUCAGAAACCAAUGCUGUUGUUAUUUUAUCGGACGAUGAAGAGGAUGUUUUAGUAUUGAAUGAACACGGUAAAAGAACACAUUAUACAGAAGAAGACGAUGAAGACGGGGAAGAGGAGAAAGACGAAGGCGAGGAGGGAGAAGAAGAAGAGCAAGACGAAGAGGAAGAGGACUAUUAUGAGAGUGAAGAAGACGAGUUUGAUCAAGACGAGGAAUUUGAUGAUUAUCACGAUAUGACUGAACUCAACCAAACUUUACCUGAAGACCAUGAAUCUGCCAUAUUUAGUGAACGUACGGUGGAGAGUCUCUACAAGGAGAUCGAUCAAGCCAUGACCGAGUUUAAAGAAGCCUGUGUGGAUACGACACAAGAUGAUAUCGAGACUGGAUUCGCCUGCGGUUCACCCUUGAAAGAUAACGCGCCAGAUAUUGCCAUGAACGUACAAGGUGUGAUUGGUCCCAUCACCUUUCCUCUCUCACUCAAAGAUAUCAACCGUGUCUUAUCCACUCGUCCUCCCAUGAACGAUGGAUUCUCAUUGGAUACUUCCGAGAUCUUAUUAAACCUGUCUUUUCAAGAAUACUUGUUUGAAACCCUUUUACCGGAGAUCGUGACUCAUUUGGGCCUAAAUAAAUUGGCAGGUAAAAAUACACGUCUACAAGCACAUCGUUUUUAUAUCCGAGAAGCAGAGCAAGAAUUAAAACUCCCAGAUCCAGUUGCGGGUGCGUUUGGUACAAUGCUUUUGAUCUUGCCUUGUGAUUUCAAUGCUGGUAAUAUAGUGAUGGAAUACAACGGUCAAGACAACGUGUUUCAACCCGAAUCCGAUGCAAUGAACCAAGCCUAUUAUGUAGCUUGGUACAACAAUGUCAAAACCAGCUUCUUGCCUCUUUCCUCAGGACACCAAGUUGCCAUCUUAUUUUCAUUAAUCUACGACGGACCUGAUAAGACCAUCACCACAGACAAUUUACAACAAGCAAGAAUCACCUUGGAAAACGGUGAUCUGAGCCCGGGUCAGCUCAUCCAGGCUCAACCCUAUCUGGAAAAGAUGAAGCAAUUUUUGCAGUCAGAGCCAGUAGCAAAUAGCCCAUAUCCUUACUUUUAUAUGUUGAAUUACAGUUAUAUACCACCUUGCAUGAAACAUGAUCAACUCAAGAAGAGUGAUAAAGUGCUGGUCAAUACCUUGGCUAAAGUAGCACAAGAAGCAGGCAUGACAAUGUAUAUUGGAGGCAUUGAACGUGAAGUGGAAGGCAAAAUAUACCCGGAUGAUGAGGAAAUUGAGGAUAGUGAGUGUCCUAUGGAUGAGGAAGGCAUAUUUUUAACAUUGAGUGCCAACUAUGAUGAAUACAUAUUAAAGUCCUUGGUGGAUGAACAUGGCAAGAACGUCUUGAAGAAGCCAAUUGCGAUGGACUCCAAGGAACAUCAGCCUAUCAUCCAAGGCGUUUCUUGGUAUGCUAGGUGUAAGCCAGAUUCUCAAGAGAUUAGUGGUACAAAGAGAGAUAUCAAAUACUGGUAUGCCAACCAUACAGCUCUUGUCUUUGUACCCAAGACUUGUGCACUUGAUUAA